GCUGUUGGAAUGCGCUGCACUGCUGUUUCUUUCUUCUGAAUCUGCUAAAGUAAAAAUACUUCCUCGAAGAUAAUUCCUUCCUGCACCAGUCCGGCCACAGUAGUAGAUCUACCUCUAUCUAAUGAGGAAUCAAAUUUCGCCAACCCACCUGAACGCAGUCAACGACCAGGCGCUCGGGAAACUAGCAAACGAACAAAUGAGUCAUGAAAGCCAAAGCCAGUUUUCCUAUUCUCAAAGCCAGCCGCUGUUUGACUCUGGUGUCCCGUCCUCUGGAAGAAUGGCCCACUGGUCCCAGUCAUCAAAUUCACAACCAAGCAGUCAGCCAGCACCCAGAUCACACCUUUCCCGCGCAACUCUUCUAGCACACAAUGCCGGCACAACACGCAAUGCCAGACCAGCCAGUGACAGUGGCAGAACCAACACCUCCCAGAGCAGGAUGACUAUGAAAGACUUCUUCAGUGUGAAGAAACAGAGGACAAGCCAGGAGAGUGGCAGCGAUAGACAUGGAAUGGAUGCAUCAGCUGCCGCUGAAAUAGCCAAACAGUGUGCAAAUCAGGUGCGAGAGGCAACAGAAGCCUGUAAGGUGGUGCUGGAGGAACAUUCUCAGACACAGAAGGAGAUUCUCUCCACUCAAGCAAACUCGGUGUUUGAGGAGUUAUCAAAUCACUGUAAGAUUGUGGCAACAGAGGUAAAGCUGAGGGAUGGAGUCAACCUGGAGCUCUCCAACCUGAAGAAGACAAUUGAGCUGAGGGAACAAGAGUUGAUCUUGAACAAGAGGCAACUCGAGGAUCUGCAGACACGAGAGCUGAGAAUGCAGAAGUCUGCAGAUGACAGUGACAAAGAGAAGGUUCUGUCCUUACAAAGCAACCUGAUGGAUGGCAUAACUCACACUAAUGAGCAGUCCAAGCAGCUGAAACAGACUACGAUCACUGUGAAAAAUGUUACCGAUUCCCUGGCGAAAACAGCAUCAGAAAUAGCGGGCUGUCUGUCUGCAUUCCGGCCACUUUUAGACGGACUACGAGAUGCUGUUACUGCACUUACAAACAUCCGUCCUACCAACACAAUCAUUCCACCGAGUUGUCAGGCCGCUGGUACCUCAACUGAAGUGUUGCCAAAGUGCUCAAUCACUACAUCUGCAAACAAGAUUCCUGAAGAACUAACCAAGAAGGCUAGUGCUGGUUCUCGACAAGUGGCGCAAAGUGAUUCGAACACCAGCAUCUCUGAAGAUAGCAGUCUUUUCUUUGAUGGUUUUAGCAGCCCAGUCUUCAACCCCUCCAAGACCAGCAUAGCACCUUCAACUUCCAGUUCGGUGUCAACUAGGAUAUCUUCUAGCAGGAAAGUAGAGUCUUCCAUGCGCCAAGCACAGACCGCUUCAUCCAAUUCCGAUGUCAGCAGCAAAACCACUGGUCGACGUACACUUGUAUCGGGAUGCUUGCCGUCAACUCGCUUCACCAAUACUCCAAUUACAACGAGCAGGAAUGACAUAUUUGAACUGGCCAUUUGCAAUACCAGUACAAGCAGCGACAGUGAGGAUGAUGCGGAUGCACGCAGGGGCCAAGUUCAACGAAGAAAGACUCCACUCCAGUUCAUCACCAGCUCUAAACGAUCACAUCAUCUUUCAGAGGAGUCGCCAGCAACAAAGCCCACAGCAAAUCGCAGAGCUAGUACUAAAACAGCACCGCCAGCCAAACGACCAUCACACUCUCCGGGACACGAGAGAACACCCGUGCGACCGACAAAGCAUCAGCCGUCCUCACACACACGCUCUUCAUCCUCCAGCUCAACAUCAUCAGCGACAUUGGCACGUGGUAGAAACCUGGCUUCUCCUGCUCCUUACACCAAAUCAACUCACGCAAGCACAAAAACGACAGCAGCGACGGUAUCAUCACAAAGGGAGUCAUCAAGUCAAUUCGACUGGACACCAGAUCCCGCUGCGGAGCUCUUUGAUAGCCUGUUCAAAUCCAAGCAAGGAGAAAAGAAGAAGAACCAGAGAAUAGCGACACCAUCUACACAAUCAAUCUGUGCAGCGGAUGCUCCUUGCGCUUCUCAGGGACGGAGGUCACAAGGUGGCCGGAGAAAGCGACGCUGAACACUGCUGUCAAGGCAACGGGACACACGAGAACUGAAGAAACACUGUGACACUGUAUGCAGUACUGACACUAGGCAAAUAGAACAUUCGAGCUCAUAAUUAUGUGCCGCCGAAAGGCCCUCUAGUUUCUGGGCUAUUUUCUAGGGUAUUUUCAAAAAUGGUAGGUAGCACACAUCCUUUCCUUCAUUAGUAGAAUUUCAUUGGCAGGCUACUGAUGUAGUUUCCACUAGUCUGGAUGUCACUCACUCACUCACAUAAAUUCUGUGACUUACCAUAGAAAACAAAGACAGAUGGCAAACGUAGCAAAUUUAUUUCCUUCAUUUUAUUACACUGAACUUCAAGUCAGGUUGCUAACGUUGUCACCCAAUCUUCUCUCUGUUUAGCACCACCAUCGAGCCUCCCCUCUAUAUUUUGCAGGAGAGAUAGAGGUUGGAUUAUUUUUGAGGGAGGGGUCAGGUCACACUGUAAGAAUGAAUGAAUAACCACUGGUAGUGAAUGAA